AUGCGCUGUUUGGCAAAUUAUGAAGGAGCGAACAAAACUCUGGAACGUGCCAGGGGACGUAAUAAAGAUAUACCAAAGGCGGAAGCGGAGCAAAGUGAAGCUUGCAAGAAAUUUGAAGACAUCAGUGAAGUGGCAAAAGGUGAAUUAUUGGAUUUGAAGAAGAGGCGAUUAGUUGCGUUUAAGAAGAAUUUAACCGAUCUAGCGGAUCUUCAGAUUAAACAUGCCAAGGCACAAAUAGCUUUAUUGGAACAAGCAUUAAGUAAACAAGGAUAG